UGCAAUCCCAUCUACAUCUCGCCAUGUCAGGUCCGAGUAAUACAUCGGAUUGGCCCACCUUUUCCUUCAUUGGGAUUCCUGGUCUAGAGGCUGCACAUAUGUGGAUCUCCAUCCCUUUUUGUCUCCUUUACCUGGUAGCACUUGGGGGCAAUAUUCUAUUACUCCUUCUAGUUAGAGCAGAGCAGAGCCUUCAUGAACCCCAGUUUUAUUUUUUGGCUAUGCUAGCCCUUACUGAUCUAGGCCUUUCAUUGUCAACAAUGCCUAGUGUCUUGGCAAUCUUCUGGUUUGAUAUCCAUGACGUUGGUUUGGAUGCCUGUCUGACUCAAAUGUUCUUUAUCCACACUCUCUCCUCUGUCGAAUCAGGUGUUCUGGUGGCCAUGGCUUUUGACCGCUUAGUGGCUAUCUGUGCUCCACUAAACUAUACAAGAAUCCUGACUCACCAAACUGUUGUCUGCCUUAGUGGUGCUGCCCUCAUACGUGGAGCCACGCUGUUGGCCCCACUGCCUUUUUUUCUCAGGACAUUUCCUUUCUGUGGAGCCAACAUCCUCUCACACUCCUACUGCUACUACCCAGAUAUGCUGAACUUGGCUUGUGGAGAUGUCACGAUCAGUAGCGUGUACGGAUUGGUCUGUGUACUUUGUACAUUUGCAGUGGAUGCAGUCUUCAUUGUAGUUUCAUACGUGAAGAUCUUAGGCACUGUGAUGAAAUUAGGGAUCCAAGAUCGAAACUGGAAAUCCUUGCAAACCUGUGCCUGUCACCUCUGCACAGUGCUGGUGUUCUACUUGCCUCUCAUCAGCCUAGCAGUGCUGCAUCGAUACACGCAGGAAACUUCUCCACUUCUCUAUACCACCAUGAGCAAUGCCUACCUCCUCAUGACCCCACUGCUAAACCCUCUGGUAUAUAGUCUCAAAUCCAGGCAGAUCCAAGCUGCCCUCAGUAAGCGAUUUGGGGUGCAACGUGUUGUUGCUGGUGAAUGAGAGUCUCUAAAUAUGAGAGACUGCAGUGA